AACUCUGGAAAAUGUCACUUAUCUAUUGGAAGAUAACUAACAUCACAGAACUCAGAUUCUCCUCCAAUCGUGUCUCCAUGUAGAGUUUCUUGACUCAAUAUUUUCCGGGAAAUUCUUAACUGGGAAACCAUGGUUUCUUCAUCUUUAGGGACUUUGCAACUAAACUCUAGCUUUUCUCUUUUUCUAUCCCCAAAUCAAAGGGUUUACUCAAAUGGGUCCAUGCGUUUUCACAGGAUAUGGAAACCAUCUGCGUGUUUGGGUGCAAAACCCACUUUAAGAGAUGGGAACUUAAAGAUUAAUGGUAAUGAAGUACUGACAAAGGUGCCGGACAAUGUACUUGUAACACCGUGGACUAAUGGUUCGGCGUUUGUGGGUGCGACGUCCAAAGAGACUAGUAGCAGGCAUGUCUUCACGCUUGGAGUUCUUCAGGAUGUCAGACUAUUGUGUUUGUUCCGGUUUAAACUUUGGUGGAUGAUACCACGAGUAGGGAAUUCAGGCAGUGAUGUUCCCAUUGAGACACAGAUGUUGCUCUUAGCAGCCAGACCAGCAGAAGAAUCUGUUCAAGGAUCUACUGGGAAUACAUCCUAUGUAUUAAUUUUACCUGUGUUAGAUGGUGAAUUCAGAACUAGCUUGCAGGGAAACUCCGCCGACGAGCUCGAGUUUUGUGUGGAAAGUGGUGACCCAACUAUAGUUACAUCUCAAUCUCAAAAAGCAGUUUUCGUGAACUAUGGUGGUAAUCCAUUUGAGCUGAUGAAGGAAUCUAUGAAGAUACUAGAGAAGCAUUUGGGAACCUUUGCUCUCCGUGAAUCUAAGAAGAUGCCUGGAAUGUUAGACUGGUUCGGUUGGUGCACCUGGGAUGCUUUCUAUCAAGAAGUUAACCCUCAGGGAAUUAAAGAAGGACUGAAAAGCUUAUCUGAGGGAGGCACUCCAGCGAGAUUUUUAAUUGUAGAUGAUGGGUGGCAAGAUAUAGAUAAUGAGUUCCAAAAGGAUGGUGAACCAAUGGUUGAGGGAUCCCAGUUUGGAGGCAGAUUGGUCAGCGUGAGAGAAAAUAGUAAAUUUCGUACAGAAGGAAAUGAAGCUAGUGAUCUGAAGGGUUUUAUUGCAGACAUUAAACAGAACUUCGGCUUGAAGUAUGUGUAUGUAUGGCAUGCACUGAUGGGUUACUGGGGAGGAGUUCAUCCAGACAUGCCUGAGACUAAGAAAUACAACUCAAAGCUUAUCAAUCCUACUCAAUCACCUGGAAAUUUAGCAAAUAUGAGGGAUUUAUCAAUGGAUUGCAUGGAGAAGUAUGGUGUCGGUGUGAUUGAUCCAGAUAAAAUAUCUGAAUUUUAUGACGACCAGCACAGCUAUCUUGUUUCACAGGAUGUAGAUGGGGUCAAGGUUGAUGUGCAAAACAUACUGGAAACCUUGGCGACUGGUUUAGGAGGUAGAGUUUCUCUCACACGGCACUUCCAGCAAGCGCUUGAGAAAUCAAUAGCUGCAAACUUCCAAGACAACAGCAUAAUUUGCUGCAUGGGUCAGAGUACAGAUUCUGUUUAUCACUCGAAAAGAAGUGCUAUUACUAGAGCAUCUGAUGAUUACUGGCCAAAAGACCCAACAAAACAGACAUUGCACAUUGCUGCUGUAUCUUUUAACAGCAUCUUUCUUGGCGAAGUGGUGGUUCCUGACUGGGAUAUGUUCUAUAGCAAGCAUUAUGCAGCUGAAUUCCAUGCAGUUGCUCGAGCUGUUGGGGGUUGCGGAGUUUAUAUUAGUGAUAAACCUGGGCAGCAUGACUUCACAGUACUUAAGAAACUUGUACUCCCCGAUGGGUCAAUUCUUAGAGCUAAAUACCCAGGGAGACCAACCCGAGAUUGUUUAUUCACUGACCCUGUUAUGGAUGGAAAGAGUCUUCUGAAGAUUUGGAACCUGAAUAAUUACUCUGGAGUUCUGGGCGUAUUCAACUGCCAAGGAGCUGGGACAUGGCCUUGCAUGGAUGAUUCUACCACUGUUCAGAGUGAUACUAGUCAUGAAUUAACAGGGCAGAUCAGUCCCAGUGAUGUCGAGUAUUUUGAAGAAGUUUCUGGGGAUUCAUGUACAAAUUAUAGUGCCGUCUUUUCAUUCAAAACAGGAUCUCUUUCUAGAUUGCGAAGGAAAGGAUUUCUGGAUGUGACGUUGAAGAUCUUGCAAUGCAAUAUUUUUACGAUAUCUCCAAUCAAGGUUUACUCUCAAAAUUUCGAGUUUGCACCCAUUGGGUUAAUAGAUAUGUACAAUUCUGGGGGAGCAAUUGAAACAAUGAAUUUCUUCGGUGAUCCACCAAAUGGUAGAAUUAACAUUAAAGGGAGAGGUUCGGGUCGUUUUGGAGCGUAUGCAAGCGCAAAACCAAAAAUGUGCACUCUAAACUCUGAAGAAGUGGACUUCGAAUACAAAGGUGACGAUAACUUCUUAACAUUAUCAGUUCCUCACGGCAUCAGUCCUUGGGAUAUUGCUAUUUACUUAUGACCGAUUCUUUCUUUACACAUUUGAUAAUAUGUAUAAUACGAAAACAUUAUGUCACAACUCAUAAGCAUAAUAUAUGAAAAAUGCAACUUUAGAUCAAA